AUGAAUCUUCCUCCCAAGGUAAAUAGUGCUAAAAGCUUUUUAUUAUUGAAUUCAAAAAGACAGUCUCUCCCAAGUCGAGCAUCUGAUGUUAAAAAGAUUGCAAGUUUUGGCACGAAAAGAAAAUCGUUGGAUUUCUCAGAUUCUUCUGCUCGAAAGUCAUUAAGAAGGAGAGUGACGUUUGGUCCACGACUAAGUCCAGAGGAAUUUGACAAAAGGCUUCCUCCUGCUUCUCCAUUGCGCAGAGGAAGCCUGCCCAAUCGCAAAAGAUCCAUUUUGAAUUCAGCAAAGCAUAAAAUAACUGCUGCUCCAGAAGAUAAGCGUUUCAAACAUUGCAAAGCAAUGAAACUCAAGUUUUCACCUAAGUGCUCGACUAGUUUAGUUGCGACACCGGUUAAUGACAAGAAUAGCUCUGAAGAUUCCGAGGAAAAAGUCCCUUCUGUUGCAAAAAGGCUUUUAUUUUCGGAAGUCCUGAAAAAACCUAUUCCCGUUGACGACUUGUUCCAGAAACCUGCUCCAUCUGGUAAUAAGCCCAAAGUGUUGAAUGUUCCAGCUGAUAAAUGUGUUAAAAAACUUGAAAAAUCAUCCACAGGGAAGGAAGUUAACAUGGAAUGCAGUUCAAGGGCUGAUUGUGACGGUAACCUAAACUUAGAUGAGCCUAAAUUGAAGUCACCCAUGAAUGUAAGUUUCUUGGGCAAUGAAACUGUUGAAAGCACAAGAAGGAGGCGUAAAUCUUCAGUUGCAAAACAAUUGAUAGCCACUGCUAAAACAGCCAUUAGACAAUCAAAAUUGUUGACUAUUAAAGAUACUCCUUCAAGUGAAGUUGCUGGUGAGGAUCUAAAGAUCUCAAAAGGAAGAAGACGUAGGGUACGUGCAGCCGUGACACCAAAGGCUUCUUCGACUAAAUCCCGCAAACGAGCUAACUCAUUAGUUAAAAAAGAUGCCACUUCUGACAGAGCAGUGAAAAAGAUUGCCCUUGAUGAUGAUCCAGAAAAAAGUUUGAAGAAUUCCGAUGGCACUCCAGCCAAGAGCAAGCUAAACACUCCAGCUAAGAGUAAAGGUCAGCCAACUGUUAAAAGUGUUGAAUUAACUGAUACUAGGACGCCCAUUAAAAGAAGAAAUUUGAGAAAAAGGAAUAUUGAAGUUGAGUCAAGUUCAUCAACUAAAAAGCAAAGCGUUGGUGAAGCACCAGACAUUAAACUUAUGUCUCCCAACUCUAAAACGGUCAAGAAGUCGCCGAGUAAAUUGGUUGCUGGGAGGAGAACAAGAGCAAAGCCCAAAAGAGAAAGCCUGAAACCCAAAGAUGUUCCAGUUGAAUUGAAAUCUCCUGUGAAGAAAAGAAGUACAAAGAAAAAUGAAGGAAUUAAAGAAGUGUCGUCUAGUACCAAAGCUGUUGAAGGGACACCAAGUAAAUCAAGAACUGGGAAAAGGAAAAGAGCUAGUGCUACAACAAGUAGUAAAAGAAGGAACCUGAAGUCCAAAGAUGCUCCAAUAGUGUUGAAUUCUCCUGUUGAAAAUUCAAAUGAUGACAGUACAAAGAAAGCAAAAGUUGCGAAGUUACCUUCCAAAACCAAAGGGGUUAGAAAACGCCCAAGUACAGGAAAGGAUUCAAUGCCGCAAAAAAGAGUUUCACCCAAAAGAGUGUCUCCUGAAAAGCGAAUUACUCGUUCCAUACGCAGGAAGAUUUCAGGAGAGAAAAAGAAUUGAUUCAUCUGAACUUCUGUUGUUUUAUUUUUCCUGCUGUAUUUUUCAUCAUAAAAAUGUUAUCUUAUCUUUCCCUGUUAUUUGUUGAAGUACUUGUUUUCAUCCUCAA